UAUGACUGGCGUAAGGUAUUUCGUCAUGGCGAUCGAUCCCCCAUUGAGUCGUUUCCCAUGGACCCUCACGGUGAGGAAGUGUGGGCACAAGGCUUCGGGCAGCUAACUGAGUUGGGGAUGAGACAGCAGUUUGACUUCGGCAGGUUUCUAAAGAGACGCUAUGGACACUUCCUCAGUGAAGACUACAACAGCAAAGAGGUGUACGUGCGGAGUACAGACUAUGACCGCACUCUAAUGAGUGCCCAGGCUAACCUGGCUGGGCUGUUCCCCCCAAACAGACGCCCCCCUCCCCUCAUGCCCCAGUUACCAUGGCGGCCCAUUCCAGUGCACACUGUCACCAGAGCACAGGAUAAGGUAGGCGGGCGAAGGGCUCUAAACCUGCGACCAAAUAUUUUCCUAGGCUUCACACUGUACCAUUUGUUCCUCUGUGCCCUAGAGAAACAAGCGAGUGCAGAUUCAUUCACGUCAUGGUUUCACCAUUACUCCAGCGAGGUAGUAAUGGUGGUCAAACCAGGUCAAACCAGGUCAAAAGAUCUGACCAAUAGUAUCGGCGCAACAUUUUCACCUUCCUAUGGAAGAUUGACCGCAAGCUGGCAGCUCCCUCCAGAUGGAAGAACCACAACAGAGCAAAAAAGACCGGUCCGGGGAACGGUAACGUAUGGCGGAUGGUUGGGAAUCGCGGCGAGUAGUGCGGACGAAGUGGAGGAAAUUGAGACAAGGUUGGAGAAGCAACAGCUGUGCUGGGAUGCGAUCAAUAUGGGUGACCGUUCUGCUGAUAUGGAGUGGGAGGAUGAGGGUCAAGGAUCUGAAUGGUCUGUAGAGGAAAGACAUAGGAAGAAGAGAGAUCAUGAUACUGAAAGCAGUGGAGCGUCUAGUCUGCAAAGCGUAAAGAGGGCCAAGCUGUUGAAGUCCCCAAGCAAACACUGCCCCAGGUUUAGAGAGCUGAUGGGGGAGACGUUUGACAGCGAACACUACCGGAGAGUUCUCAAGUCUCACCAGCGAUUUAUACAGGAGCUCUCCAACCACACUGGGUAUCCUGUGUCUAGGCUGCUGGGCAGGAAUUCCAUAUGGAGGGUCUACGACACUCUCUCCUGUCAGAGGAAUCACAACCUGACCACCCCUGGCUGGGCCACACAGGAAGUUCUCAACACUCUACAGGAAAUAUCCUCCUUUGAGGUCAUGUUCAGCGUUGUCACUCACAAGAGAAAGGAAAAGGCCAGGCUCUCAGGAGGGGUUCUGUUGAAUGCCAUCCUGAGGAAUUUCUCCAAGGCAAUGGAGCAAGGGAGCACGCUCAAGUUCAUCAUGUAUUCAGCACAUGACUCCACCCUCAUCACUCUCCAGGCUGCCCUAGACGUGUACAAUGGUCUUCUUCCUCCUUAUGCUGCCUGUCAGCUCUUUGAGUUCUACCAAGAGGACGAUGGGUCCUAUUCUCUUAACUUGUAUUACCGUAAUGACUCAUCCCGUGAUCCCUACCCGACCCCUGUGCCUGGCUGUGAGACAACUCCGUGCCCUCUGACCUCAUUCACUGACCUGGUUAAAGAUGUCAUCUCAACGGACUGGGACGCCGAGUGUGGGCUCAAACCAUCAUGGUCCAACACAGGUGUCAUUGCGGCGCUUGCAGUGGCAGUGGCUAUCCUGACAAUGGCGCUGUUGGCCAGCAUAGCAGUGUUAAUUCACCAGAGGAGAAACCUGUACUCCAGGGAGGGGUAAUCUGGCUCUCCAGGCUUGAAUAAGUCUUCCUAUAACAUCAUGGGGGCAUUUGGAGAGGACAGGGCAAUACAUCAAUACUUAUAGGCCUACUAUGAGAUGAACAUGGAAAUGAUCCAUACAAUGACCUUGUGAAUUUUGUUCUCUUGUGAUCCCAUUGUACUGUUUUGUAUUGUAUUGUUUUUAGUUCCUAUUGGAUGUUGUUCUAUUUAGCAGAAUGUCAAGUCAUCUUAGGUCUUUGGUGAGUGAUUUGGCUUUUAUAAUAUUUAGAAAAUGAUUGAAUUAGUUGUCUCCUUGACUUUUUCCACGUUUUGUUGUCUUACAGCCUGAAUUUAAAAUGGAUUACAUUAAGAUUUUAUUGUCACACACAAUAAUACCCCAUAAUGUCAAUGUGGAAUUAUGUUUUUACAU